UAAAGUUGGUGUCAGAGCAGCUACAAACUUUUUUCAGCAUCCCUGCCUGCCUGCCAACUGGAGCUCUGUUCACUUCCUUACCAACUUGAACCACCCCCAAACUAAGUAAGCUCAGUUAGACAGCGGCAAGAGCUGACACACUUUCAAGAAGGGUUUGACACCGCGGAAAACUUUCACUUCUCUCUUUUCCCCUUCCAAGCCAGGGACAGCAGCCCUGGGUUCUCGCUUCCUCUAGAAUUCCCCUCCGAAGCCGCGCAAGGACACGGAAGGCAGACCGUUCUAAUGUCCCCGAACAGGACCCCAAGAGUCCUCUCCUGCGGACUCGAAUGCUGUUCUUUAACACAAAAGAACCGGGCCGGCACAGCAGAGGUGCUGGAGUCACGGCCCUUCGGUGGCUGCCACCCUCCACCGCACCCGCAGACGGUCUCCGGCCAGACAAAGCCCGGGCGGCCGGGCAGGCGCUCUCAAGUCUCGGUCGCGGGCCGCCGCUCUUACCCGGGCCUCGUCCAGGGCGCCGCCGCUUCCCCCGGCCUUGGCUGCCGGGCAACUGGCCGCGCGCGUCUUGGAGGAGCGGGUCCGAGAGGAGAUGAAAUGGCUGCUGGUCUCCGGGCGCUCCUGGGCCAAGGGGCUCCGGCCGGGCGGCGGCGGUUGCGGACCCCAGGGGACCGAGGACGGGGCCGCGCCCUGAGUACCUCAGAAACUGCCAAGUCUAGCAUGGAUAGCAUUAUAUUUAACUGGCUUGUGCUUGUGAUUCCUGGGAAGAGUCUAGUGAAUGACCUUUCCCACCCUCUCCCCGCCUUGAAGGUGGCUUGCCGGUAG